AUGGAUCACCCCAACCUCAGCCUGGGGCAACUGAUCCUGCUUCCCAUGCAUGCUCUGCGCCUCAGCCUGGCCUCUGCCAUGCUGCAGGCCAAGCAGCGCUGGGCAGAGUGGAAGAAGCAGCAUUGGAGGAACAGAGUGAGAGCCCACCCAGAAGAGCAGAGAACAGCUGCUGCCCAGGCAGAUGAAAGAGCAAAGCCCACACUGAUCUUGGAGACGGCAAGCAUGGAGGUGUCAAGCAAGGAGAGCCCAUCCCCACUAGAUUCCAUGGAUCCCCUGGGCUUGCUGGUCUCUUCCCACUCAAGGAGAAGCUCCGUUUCCACGGGCUUCCUGUACUUCUUCCCAGAGCCCUGGCCUGGUGCUAUGGUGGAGGUGGCAGCACACUCCUGCUCAGAAGCCCCUUGGUCCUCCAAGGGGGUGGUGAAGGACCCCAGGCCACUCCUUGGCCAGGACCUCCCACUGGAUCUGCCACCAGGCAUCAGACAGGAGCAGGUCUCCAGGAAGAGCAGGGGCAGGGCAAAGAGCCCAAUGGAUACGGAGUCACCUGCCAGCAGCUCCCUAGCCACAGCCAUAACCAUGAGGGAGCUUGUCCUGGAGCUUGACCGCUCCCUCCAGGCCACCCAGGCAGUGACUGAGCAGCUCUAUGAGCUGCUGCAGGUGCCACUGGCUCAGAGACAAGAGGCAGUGGAGGGUGGCAGGGAGCCCUGCACAGCCAUGGGAAAAGGCACCACAACAGAGCACAGCAGCUCAGAAGAGGAGCUGGAAGCAGGGGUUGCACCCCAGCUGUGCUAUGGGCAGGGUCUGUGGAUCCCCCAGGGCAGGGAAGCAGUCAGCUGCCUGGGGGAUGCAGAAGGGAUGAAGGUGAGGAAGAGGAGCAGGCCGGUGCGCUCCAAGGCCAGGAGGAUGGCAGCCAACGUCAGAGAGCGCAAGAGGAUCCUGGACUACAACCAAGCCUUCAAUGCCCUGCGCCUGGCCCUCAAACACGACCUCGGUGGCAAAAGGCUUUCUAAAAUCGCUACCCUGCGGCGAGCCAUCAACAGGAUCUCGGCUCUGUCCCUGUCCCUGCACCGCUGCUGGCCCUGUGCCCACUCCGAGUGCCGCGGCCGGCCCGGGGUCCCUGCGCAGGAGCUGGGGAUGAAGGCCAACCACCCCCAGCUCCCCUGGGAGCCUGGUCCUGCAGGCGCUGCCAGCUUGCAGCGCUGCUCCCCUUCCCCUCUCCACGCCGGGUUUGCUCCCGAGAGGCAGCUCCAUCGCUACGGCAGCCCGAAGGAGGAUGGCUCCGUGCCCAGCCCUGCCUAUUGCUCCAGCGCGACCCAGCACCCCGGGCUCCGAGGCGCCUGCCAGCAGAGAUACACAGGCAGCCUGCAAGACCCCCUGGCUGGGGCGGUCCCCUGGCAGCUGAGCUAUUGCCAGAGCUGGGGACAGCAGCAGUGCCUCCCCAUUCACUGA